UUGUCUCUCUCUGUGUGUUGCUUCUCUCUUUCCUUUUCCUGUUCAUUUCUCCUCGUCCUCAUCUCUUUGGAUCGGCUGAUCCCUUCGAAGGAAAUAUAAUUAGAAGUCGAAGCGAAAACGGAGGAGAAGAAGAAGAAGGCGAGGAGAGGGAUAUCCGCAUCUGAUGGUGUUCAACUUCUCCCCGAUCUCUCCUAAUCGGAUUCGGUUCUCCUCCUUGGCGCUUCGGUCCUAGAGCUUCGUGGAAGGUCUGUUGUCCUCCGCGGUGAGAGUGAGCGAGGACGAGGAUGUCGAAUCUUUACGGGGAAUUCAACCAGAAGAUCGACUAUGUAUUCAAGGUGGUGCUGAUCGGGGACUCGGCGGUCGGGAAAUCGCAGCUGCUGGCGCGCUUCGCCCGCAACGAGUUCAGCCUGGAUUCCAAGGCCACCAUCGGCGUCGAGUUCCAGACCCGCACCCUCACCAUCGACCACAAGACCAUCAAGGCCCAGAUUUGGGACACCGCCGGCCAGGAAAGGUACCGUGCAGUGACAAGUGCAUACUACAGAGGUGCAGUGGGGGCAUUGCUGGUCUAUGAUAUGACGAAGCGCCAGUCAUUUGAUCAUGUGACGAGGUGGCUGGAGGAACUACGUGGGCAUGCUGACAAGAACAUUGUUAUCAUGCUUAUUGGGAACAAGUCUGACCUUGGGACCCUUCGUGCUGUCCCCACCGAGGAUGCAAAGGAAUUUGCGCAGCGUGAGAACCUGUUCUUCAUGGAGACAUCCGCACUUGAGGCCACUAAUGUCGAGACUGCUUUCCUGACCGUCCUUACUGAGAUUUACCGCAUCAUUAGCAAGAAGGCUCUCGUUGCCAAUGAGGAGCCUGAAGCUGGGGGAAAUUCAAGCCUACUGAAAGGAACUAAGAUAGUUGUCCCUGGCCAGGAGCCACCAAGUGGGACCAAAUCUUCUUGUUGUAUGUCCUCCUCGUAGGUGGCAGUCUCUCAUCAAGCUACCUUCUUUUGUUAUAAUUAUCUUCAGGUCUUGGUAGAUAUUUCCAUAUCUCAAGGAUUUUGAUGCCUGCCAUUUUUGAAAAGUUUGCAAAGAACAACAUUACUGGAUUGUUAAAAGCUGUACUCUUUCCUUUUUUUUUCCUUUUGCUUUUCUGUCUCUCCCCGAUAUCAUCUUCUGUAAUUUAAUGAGAACAUAUGUAAGGAUUUUAAGGUGCAGAAAGUAGUGGAUUUAUAGUUCAAUUGCUUUUCAAUUUUAUCAUUC